UUGCAACCGCUAGCAACUGUCCCCAUGGCAACAGCGCCAACAGCCGCUCCUGUGCCAGGGAGGGACGGAAGCUGCUGCCACCCAGCGAAAUGGCUGAUGUCAGGACAGGUCUGGAAAACCUGGAUGUGGGGGCCCUCUACCCCCCUCAACAGAUGCAGCUCAUGACCUACAAGAUCAACACCAAAAUUAACAAUGAAAAAUAUCUCCGGACUCACACUGAGAUUGAAGUUCUGCUAUCCGGAUUUCUCAGAGACGUCUUGAUGAAACGGCCCGAGAAUAUCCGAGAAUUUGCGGCAGACUAUUUCACCAACCCGGAGCUACCGAGAAAGAUCCAGCAACAGAUGAUGGAGAAGCUGAACCAGGCCACUUAAGGGCUUCCUGCGUUGAAAUUUUAAAUACCCCCCAAAUUUUCUUUGAAUCUCUUUCCUUUUCACUGGUUUUUAAUAAACCCACA